ACUUAUUUCAAUGAAUAACAAGAAAAAGUUACGCGUUAUUUUCCUUUAAAAUAUACAAAUAAUUCUUUUAUUUAAAUAACGAUUGUAACAAUUGCAUUUAUUUACUUGUCGAAUGACUAGAAAAACUUUUGUAUCAGUUGAGGUAUAUCAGAUAUUAGAAGAUGAAGUUAAUAGUUCUGACGUUACUAGCGAUUUCAACUAAUAUUAAGUCAUCUUCGGCUACAUUCGACUUCUUGUUCGACGACUGUUUUCCCGCUAACGAAGAUGCACGAAUAGCAUACACCGGUACAAAUAUCUUGCAAGUUUUGAACUCGCAAGCUGGUUCGGAACUUUUUUUACCGACCCAGAACGGUCUCAAAUUAAACGUAGAUAGUUUCGCGAAAGUAUUGGGGAACUGUAUGAAGAAUAAAUUCGACAAUAAACAUUUAGGUGAUUUACUACACAGAAGAGAAAGAGAUUUAACAGCGUUGCUUAAUUUCGCUUUGGCAGAUCGAGAGAUUAGUUUCGAGGAAAUCGAUAAUUUAAUCGAUUCUAAAGCUAUCGGUUUGAGAUCGAGAAGAGAUCUAGUUUUUCCUUUUAACCUUUUCCAAAGCGUCAUCGCCGAUCUGAUUAUUAAACCCCUACAAACAGGUUUCAAUAACGCCAUUACAAAUUUUAACGAAUCUCUCUUUUUAUAUUACGUGGAUCCUAGUAACGUUACGGAUGCUGUGUCACUUUUAGUAGUUAAUUCUAUUAACGGAGGUAUUCAAAUGAGUAUCGAUUUUUUAACCGUAUUCAAAUCGGAAGUAAACGACAUUUUGGAUUAUAUAACUGGUAACAGUAACGGUACUACCGAUAACACCACGAGAUCCACUGGAAUACAAUCCAGAGAUUCAAUUUCUAGUAUUAUUUCAACGAUUGUAGAUUCUGUAAUAACGCCUCUUAAUCAAACUGUAAAUAGUGUUAUAGAGUCCAGCAAAACUGCACUUACGGCACUAUUAAAAGAAACCACUAAUAAUCCCAUCGAUAAUAUUGUUAAUAGCAUCUAUAAUUCAGCCAUUUCGACAAUUAUUGAGGGAAUUACUGAGAUACAGAGUCAGAUAAUAAUUUUUUUCAACGCAUGUAUUAGCGAAACUGAGAGCGAUUAAUGAAAACAAUAACGAAAAAUCUAUUUUAGAGAUUGAGGAUGGAAAUUUAAACGAUUUAGUGAGUGAAAACUAAAAUAAUUGUUUUAUUUACUUUAAUAAAAAAUAGAGUUGAAUGAAA